GCGCCGCUUUCCGGUCCCCAGCGCGGGCGCGAAAGACUUCCCCCUUGGUGGGGCCGGAGUUACCCGGGAUCGCGGAUCGCUCAUCGCGCCGCGCUAGCCGGCGAGUUCGCCAGCACCAGCGUCUCAGCUGCGCCCGGCACCAUGGCCACUGACUCGUGGGCCCUGGCGGUGGACGAGCAGGAAGCGGCGGCCGAGUCGCUGAGCAACUUGAAUCUUAAGGAAGAGAAAAUCAAGCCAGAUGCCAAUGGUGCUGUUGUCAAGACCAAUGCUAAUGCAGAGAAGACAGAUGAAGAAGAGAAAGAGGACAGAGCCGCCCAAUCCUUACUCAACAAGCUGAUCAGAAGCAACCUUGUUGAUAACACCAACCAAGUGGAAGUCCUGCAGCGGGAUCCAAACUCCCCUCUCUACUCAGUGAAGUCCUUCGAGGAGCUACGCCUGAAACCACAGCUUCUCCAGGGAGUCUAUGCCAUGGGCUUCAACCGUCCAUCCAAGAUACAAGAGAAUGCAUUGCCUUUGAUGCUUGCUGAGCCCCCACAGAACUUAAUUGCCCAGUCUCAGUCUGGUACUGGUAAAACAGCUGCCUUUGUGUUGGCCAUGCUCAGCCAAGUAGAACCUGCAAACAGAUACCCUCAGUGUCUGUGCCUCUCCCCAACAUAUGAGCUCGCUCUUCAAACUGGAAAAGUGAUUGAGCAGAUGGGCAAAUUUUAUCCUGAACUGAAGCUAGCAUAUGCUGUUCGUGGCAAUAAAUUGGAAAGAGGUCAGAAGAUCAGUGAGCACAUUGUCAUUGGCACUCCUGGGACCGUUCUGGACUGGUGCUCCAAGCUCAAGUUCAUUGACCCCAAGAAGAUUAAGGUGUUUGUUCUGGACGAGGCUGACGUGAUGAUAGCUACUCAGGGCCACCAAGAUCAGAGCAUCCGCAUCCAGAGGAUGCUGCCCAGGAACUGCCAGAUCUGGCUGGCAGCAGAGCUCUCAAAAGAAGGCCACCAGGUGGCUCUGCUGAGCGGUGAGAUGGUGGUGGAGCAGAGGGCUGCCGUGAUUGAGCGCUUCCGAGAGGGCAAAGAGAAGGUUCUGGUCACCACCAAUGUGUGUGCCCGCGGAAGUCGGCGGAAAAGAGUGUUUGCGAAGGAGGGGUUGGGGCGAGACUGGAGGACAGGCCCGUUGCGGCACGGCACGGAAUAG